AUGGCUAUGGGCACCAUCUUCAGGGAGGAGCAACACCCAUAUUGCACCGUUGCCUUUUACGCGUCCGAGUCCUUAUCUGCCCCACCAAUCAGCACUCAUCCUCGCCUUCCCUGUUGCGAUCGCAGUUCCCCAAGUCGUCCGCCGUAUAUUCAAAAUCUCCAAACCAACUCAGGUCUUGCUGUAACAUUCAUCCCGCUUUUCCUCGCGCCAUCCUUGAUCGCUGGCACGAUGAUCUGGAUGCUCGAAUGGGUAGACUCUGCGCAAGUCCUGGGGCACCAUCCUCGCCAUGUCUGCUCUCGUCUGAAUCAGCGGCUCGCUAAAGUCCUUGACCCCUUGAACGCACUGUCAACAGCCUAUAUGUCAUUCAGCUACCCGAACGACGCUGAACGAAGACUCAUCAAGAGCAGCUCAUGCACAAGCAGCUGUUCGUUGAAAUCACUCCCUUCCGAGGAUGCCUUGCUCACGAUAUGCGCCUACCUCAAGGGCGAGCGGGUGAGAAGUGCUGAGAUAGUGGGGAUCGAGGCGAGGAAGUGAGGCGAAAAAAGGCCAUGCACCAUGAGCACCGGGGUUGGAGAUGGAGAGGACAAUAUAGAUGUUGGGUGGGAAGUUGUGGUGUUGUUUUUAGGCGUUGACGUGACUAGCGCUUAGAGUUCGUUCCUGUAAGAGAUAUUAUAAUGAGACGGGAUGUGGAGAGAUCGUUUCCAGAGACGAGACCAAUCAACUUCGUUGGUCUCUGAAAUAAACAAGCGC